AUGGUGGACCCGGUGGGCUUCGCCGAGGCGUGGCGCGCCCAGUUCGCCGACUCGGAGCCGCCCCAGAUGGCGCUGCGCUCGGUGGGCGACAUUGAGGCGGAGCUGGAGCGCUGCAAGGCGUCCAUCCGCCGCCUGGAGCUGGAGGUGAACAAGGAGCGCUUCCGCAUGAUCUACCUGCAGACGCUGCUGGCCAAGGAGAAGAAGAGCUACGACCGGCAGCGCUGGGGCUUCAAGCGCGCCUCGCGCGGCGCCCCCGACGACGACGACGACGACAACGACGCCGAGGAGCAGGCGGGGGACGCGGACGACGACGACGCCGAGCCGCCCGGCCACGCCAGGGUCCCCCCGCCGCCGAGCGACAAGCCCCCCCGGCCGCGGCCGCCGGCCCUGCGCAAGCUCUCGGCGCACAGCGACGGCUCGGAGGCUGACAGCCCUCAGCCCAGCGGCGGCAAGCCCGCGGCGGCCGGGGACAAGCUGUCCCGGGAAGCGGCGCUCGGCUCCCCGGCCAAGGCCCGCCCCGCCCCCUGGGGCGGCGGUAGCAGUAGCAGCCGCCGCCGCCGCCUACUGAGCGCCGCCUCGGAGAAGGACGGCACCUCCGAGACGGCGGGCAAAGAACGCGGCGGCGGCGGCGUCAACAGCAGCGUGGCGGCGCUGCGCUCCAACUUCGAGCGCAUGAAGAAGUCCUCGCCGUCGGAGGCGGCCUCCGCCGAGAAGCCCUUCUACGUGAACCUGGAGUACCACCACGAGAAGGGCCUGGUGAAGGUCAACGACAAGGAGGUGUCGGAGCAGCUCAGCUCGCUGGGCAACCAGGCCAUGCAGCUGGAGGCGCGCAAGAAGCUCCCUCCGCCGCGGGGCCGCUCGGCGGAGGCCGCCUUCGCCGGCGACGGCGACUACGAGGACGCGGAGCUGAACGCGCGCUUCCUCCGGGAGCACCUGCUGCUGCUUCGCGACGCGCCCAACGGCGGGGGCGGCCGGCCCGGCUGGCCGGGGGCGCCCGACUGCCAGCCCUACCAGAGCGUCUACGUGGGCGGCAUGAUGAUGCGGGCGGCGGCGGGCCUGGGCGACGGCGACCCCGGCGGCAAGGGCGCCCCGCUGCUUCGCCACAGCAGCGCCGCCGAGCCGGAGAAGCCGAGCUUCACCUGGCCCCGCCGCGCCUACUCGCCGCCGCCCCGCGGCUUCGAAGACAUCGGCGGCGGCUACACGCCGGACUGCAGCUCCAACGAGAACCUCACGUCGAGCGAGGAGGACUUUUCGUCCGGCCAGUCGAGCCACGUGUCGCCCAGCCCCACCGCCUCCGGUCGCCUCUACCGGGACAAGAGCCGCUCCCCGUCGCAGCAGUCCUUCGACAGCAGCAGCAGCCCCCCCACCCCCCAGUCACAGAAGCGGCGGCAGCAGCAGCAGCAGGUGGUGGUGUCCGAGGCCACCAUCGUGGGAGUCCGCAAGGCCGGGCAGAUCUGGGCCUGCGAUGGCGACCUGCCCCUCGGCAGACCCGCCCUGGACAGCUGCUUCCAUGGCGACGCAGACCUCUCUUUCAGUGGGAUGCCACCCGGCUACACCUACGAUGCGGAUAGGGCUGAAGAACAGCGGCGGCACCACGACUUGAUGCCCUACAUCGAUGAUUCACCCUCCUCCUCUCCCCAGCUCAGCUCCAAGAGCCGAGGCAGCCGAGAUACUCUUUCCUCAGGGUCGCUGGAAUCCACCAAAUCUAGUGAGCCAGACUUGGAAAAGGGCUUGGAGAUGAGGAAAUGGGUCUUAUCUGGAAUCCUGGCUAGCGAGGAAGCCUAUUUAGGCCACCUUGAGGCGCUGCUGCUGCCCAUGAAGCCUUUGAAAGCAGCUGCCACCACCUCCCAGCCAGUGCUGACGAGCCAGCAGGUUGAAACCAUCUUCUUCAAAGUGCCUGAGCUCUACGAGAUCCACAAGGAAUUCUACGACGGACUUUCCCCACGGGUUCAGCAGUGGAGCCACCAGCAGCGGGUGGGGGACCUCUUCCAGAAGCUGGCCAGCCAGCUGGGAGUGUAUCGGGCCUUCGUGGAUAACUAUGAGGUUGCCAUGGAGACGGCAGAGAAGUGUUGUCAGGCCAACGCUCAGUUUGCGGAAAUCUCCGAGAAUCUCAAAGCAAGAAGCACCAAGGAUUCAAAAGACCAGACGACAAAAAACUCCUUGGAAACUCUCCUCUACAAGCCGGUGGACCGAGUCACGCGCAGCACCCUCGUGCUCCACGAUUUACUGAAGCACACGCCAUCAAGCCACCCUGACUACCUGCUCCUGCAAGAUGCCCUCCGCAUCUCCCAGAACUUCUUGUCUAGCAUCAAUGAGGAGAUCACGCCCAGGAGACAAUCCAUGACGGUCCAGAAAGGAGAGCACCGGCAGCUCCUGAAGGACAGUUUCAUGGUGGAGCUGGUCGAAGGAGCCCGCAAACUGCGCCACGUCUUCCUCUUCACGGACCUGCUCCUGUGUGCCAAGCUCAAGAAGCAGCUUGCAGGGAAGAGCCAGCAGUAUGACUGCAAAUGGUACAUUCCACUGCCGGACCUCAGCUUCCAGAUGGUGGACGAUUCAGAGGCCAUGGCCAACAUCUCCCUUGUGCCGGACGAGGAGCUGGAUGCCAUGAAGAUUAAGAUUUCUCAGCUCAAGAGUGACAUCCAGCGAGAAAAAAGGGCUAAUAAGGGCAGCAAGAAUAUGGAGAGGUUGAAAAAGAAGCUUUCGGAGCAGGAGUCCUUGCUUCUGCUGAUGUCUCCUAACAUGGCGUUCCGAGUGCAUAAUCGCAAUGGCAAGAGCUACACAUUCCUCAUCUCGUCCGAUUAUGAACGGGCAGAAUGGCGAGAGAUCAUCCGGGAGCAGCAGAAGAAAUGCUUCAAAAGCUUCUCCCUGACAUCAGUGGAGCUCCAGAUGCUGACCAAUUCCUGUGUGAAACUCCAGACUGUGCAUCACAUCCCCCUCACAAUAAACAAAGAAGAUGAUGAAUCACCUGGUCUCUAUGGAUUCCUGAAUGUCAUUGUCCAUUCAGCCACUGGCUUCAAGCAGAGCUCAAAUCUGUACUGCACCUUAGAAGUGGAUUCCUUUGGGUACUUUGUGAACAAGGCAAAAACUAGAGUUUAUCGAGACACAGCAGAGCCCAACUGGAAUGAGGAAUUUGAGAUAGAACUGGAGGGCUCGCAGACCCUGCGGAUCUUGUGCUAUGAGAAAUGCUACAACAAAACCAAGCUCGCCAAAGAAGAUGGAGAGACCACAGACCGAAUUAUGGGCAAAGGCCAAAUCCAGCUGGAUCCCCAGGCAUUGCAAGAUAAAGACUGGCAACGCACAGUCAUCUUGAUGAAUGGAGUUGAAGUGAAACUGUCUGUGAAGUUCACAAGCAGGGAAUUCAGCUUAAAGAGGGUGCCCUCUCGCAAGCAGACAGGAGUGUUUGGAGUAAAGAUCGCGGUUGUCACCAAGAGAGAGCGAUCAAAGGUGCCUUACAUUGUGCGCCAGUGCGUGGAGGAGAUAGAGCGCCGUGGCAUGGAGGAGGUGGGCAUCUAUCGAGUCUCUGGUGUUGCUACAGAUAUCCAGGCUUUAAAAGCUGCUUUUGAUAUCAAUAACAAAGAUGUCUCCAUCAUGAUGAGUGAGAUGGAUGUCAAUGCGAUUGCAGGGACACUAAAGCUCUAUUUCAGAGAGCUGCCUGAGCCCCUCUUCACAGACGAGCUUUAUCCCAACUUUGCGGAAGGAAUUGCACUUUCAGAUCCAGUUGCAAAGGAAAGCUGUAUGCUGAACUUACUGCUGUCUCUUCCAGAACCCAACCUAGUCACAUUCCUUUUCCUCCUGGACCAUUUGAAAAGAGUUGCUGAGAAGGAGAACAUCAACAAGAUGUCACUUCACAAUCUGGCAACUGUUUUUGGACCAACGCUGCUCAGACCAUCAGAAAAGGACAGCAAAAUCCCUGCUAAUCCAACCCAGCCUAUAGCAAUGGCUGAUAGCUGGUCACUAGAAGUCAUGUCCCAGGUUCAAGUUCUUCUUUACUUCCUGCAACUAGAGACUAUCCCGACCCCUGACAGCAAGAGACAGAGUAUCCUGUUCUCCACAGAAGUGUAGGAACCUGACUGGUCAGUGAAAGGCCUUGUGGAACUUUGCUGUUGGUCUGAACUGCUCCAUUCUGGGCUUGGGAGAAACUCAUUCCUCCUUCAGACAUUCCUGUCCUGUCCUUGUCUACCAAGAGGAAGUGAAGUGUUCAGUCCCUUUGCUUUUUGUCAGGCAAUGGCAGACUGAAGACGCUGCUAAAAAGAAGAGAUUCCUUCCUCUCUUGAUCAUUAGAUCAGGAAAAGAACUGGGCCAGAGCAGCUGCACCAUGAGUUUCUACCAGCAGAGGGAAGCAAUGGGCAGCAAAAACUGUUCUUGUGGGGAAUGUGCAAGAACCGAUUCCUGUGGGUUUUUUAUGGAAUUAAUUUUAUCUUUGGGAAGCUUUGAGAUUUCUACUUGGACCACUUGUGAAGGGCAAAUGGUUAUAUCAAAACUGUGGCUCUAAUAGCUAUUGUUUCAGUUUUUAAUGGAAUACUGCAGAACAUAUUCAUCUAUAACACCCUCUACUUGAAAAUUCAAAUCUUGAUUUCUCCACGUUUCUUUUUAAUAAAUUAAUUACAUAAUUAGAGGCUUUAUGUACAAUCAGAGCUCUUUCCCCCCCAGGCUUUUCUUGGAAUCUUAAAGGAAGGGGAAUCCCAUUAUCUUCCCUUUGACCCUUUUUGGGUAGCAGUUAUUAAAAGGGAGCACACUCCGUUAUGUCAUAUAAUAUAAAGUUCAUUGUGCUAAGGGAGAUGGGGGAAAGUGAGAUAAUGGGAGGGGAUGAGCUAAUCCUCCUUUUUAUAUGGACCAAAAAUAAUGAGUAAUAGUAGUGUGAAAGACUUGUUAAAUUCUUCAGGCAUACUGAAUAUAAUAGAAGAUGGGUAGUGUACCACAUGAAACUAGUUCUCAACCCAACUAGAUGAUGGCCAUACAAGCAUAAGAACCACAUAAAGAUCUGGAGACAGAUGCCAGUGGUUGUCUCCCUGGCUACUUAACCACACUUUUCUCAGAAUUGCUUUUUUUGAUACUUGAAUUUUUGUUUUUUCUUGAGACUUGGUAUCUGUUCCACCUCCACUCCCCUUUUUUUCCAGGUAAAAAGAAAUGUUUUGAUAAGAUGUUUAAUGGCCUAUACAAUGAUGAUUGAUGAGCAGGGAUCAUUUUGUAUUUUUCAGAAAUUCCAGCCAUUCCAUUAGGAGAUAUGGCAUCAAAGCAGCCAUAUCAAUGAAGUGUAGCACUGGGAAAGUAUCAGUGCUGGGAAUUAAAAACAUGAACUAAUUGCAGAGUCCCAGGACAGGGAAGUGCGGCUUUUGCUCUGUGCUUCCACAUGGGGUCACUCCUAGUGCGUCUAAUGAAAAGACACUGUGCAGCUGUUCUGCCUUUCCCUCCUUAAUGGAUUUUUGUGGUAAGAAAAAGACCGAAGAAGGAGGGUUAUAAAUGGAAGACAGCCUUGUCUGAACACACACACACACACACACACACACACACACAUAAAAUUCCAUGUUUGAAACAGGGCAAUUGCAGCAUAACAGCCUCGUGUGGAAGCACUUGCUACUUAGUCACACAGUGUAAUUUUUGGUCAUACCCCCACUACUGCCAGUUAGCAAAAAGUUCAGGAACUACUUACAGGCAAGAGAGGAGACGGACCUCCUCACACUUAUUAAAGUGUAAGGGGCUAUGAAGUUAAAUAGUUGGUUUAGUCCAGGGGAAGAUUUUGAAGUAGGGAAUGAAGAAUCCCCCCCACCCCCGGUCCCUCAUAUUUCAUACAGAUGACUAAAGAGGACUAACAAGCAGUGGGGAAAAGCACGUUUUGACAGCUGGUCUGAUUCUUACUGUUACAUAAUGCCAGCUGUCUUUGGUAGCUCCUUCACACAUUGACUGGGUUCGGAUGGCUUGUCAUGAGUUAUUUAACCCACGGGCGCCAAGUUGCAUAUAGAAUAGAAUAGAAUAGAAUAUUUAUUACUUACCCGCCUCUCCCUCUGGAUCAAGGCGGGGAACAACAUUAAAUACAAAAUCACCAUAAAAUGCAUAAAACAGAUUAAAAAUGCAUUAAACUGAUACAGUAUUAAAAUAACAAUUGGACAUGUUAAAAAAACAUCUGGGUAGGCCUGCUCAGGGAUUGUUGUGUCAUGCGAAAUUGGUGAGCGUGGGUUAUGCAAGAGUUACCCCUCACAUAACUCUAUAACACCCGCACUCAACAGGUUCGCACAUGACAACCCCCAAGUGGGGGCUGCAUAUUUGAAAUGUUGGCCACAUGCUGUCAUGUUGUGGAUUGUCAUGUCAUGCAAACAGCACCAUUCUGAAAGAGAGGAGAGGUUUUGUCAUCUUUGAGUAUUUCAACAUCUUUCAUGCUCUUGGAAAUUAUUCAUACAAGAAAUUCACAUUGCAUAGCUCCUCUUCCUCUCUAGAUCUGGAAGCUGAAUCUGUGAUAUUGUCCCAGUUUGGAUGUAAUAAUAAUCUGUUUAUUAAGUGAAGUUAUGCACAAGCCUUGUGCCUGCAUGCAUCACCCCUUUUCUCCUCCAUUCUUUUCUUAAAUUAUGGAAUUUGCUUCCACAAGAUGUGGCAAUGGCCACCAAUGUAGAUGGCUUUAAAAGGGACUAGAUGUAUUCAUGAUGGCUAAAGCUGGACUAGCUUCUAGUCAUGAUGGCUAUCCUAUCUCCAGACUUACUGCCUGUGAAUACCAGUAGCUGGGGAAGAUGAGAGGGGGGGCAAUGCGCUCAGGUCUUGCUUAUGAACUUUCUAAAGAUAUCUGGCUAGCCACUGUGGGAAAGAGGAUGCUGGCUGGACAAGAGAGGAUAUUGGUUUUACUCAGCAGGGCUUUCCUUAUGCUCUUAUAGCACAGCAUAAUUGAAGUCUUCCUGUGUUAAUUAAGCAUAAUUUCCAGUUUCAGCUAGUUUCAGAUCCAAGCAUGCUAAUGUGAUGAUCUGAUGAAGUGGAUUAUAGCCUGUGAAAACUUAUGCCAUAAUAAAUUUGUUAGUCCUUAACAUACCACAGUCUUGAUUGUUUUUGCUGCAAAACACUAACAUGGCUGCCCUUCGGGAAAUUGUUUCUCAGUUUGGAUGCAACAGGAAACUAUGGUCAGUUAACUCAAAAUGUCUUCAAUUGCAGCACACCAAGAAGGGAAGAGGGCAGGGGCAGAUUGUGGGGAUACAAGGUUGAUAAGCCAAGAUAUGUUGCAUAUGAACUGGGCCGUAAAGCAUUACAACAGUUCUGCUCUAGACUGAUUCUACUACAUUCCAAAUUCUGCCUCUCCCAUUUUCCUUGCUUGUGGACCAACCUUGGCACAUAUACACCCAAAACAUAGUUUACAAAAAUUUGAGAAGGUGCUACAAAGCACUUUAAAGGUAUAAAUAUGCUAAUAAAUUUUGCUUCACCUUAUAUUAUUUUGUAUUUGAUAAGACAAAUUGGAUAGUUUUAUAUUGAGAAAUAAUUUGUUUUCUGAAUUGCAGUUACCUUGCUUUGUCUCCUUACAUCAGCCAUUCGCAUAUCUGUUUGUCUAAGGCAGUAGACAAAACUGACCACUGCACCACCAAAUCCACCUCAUCAUCUCUCUCAAACUCCCCCUGUCCCCACAGCAAUUUCCAUGAAGAUAGCUGGAGGACAAGAGAAGGCAUCAUCUCUAUCACCCACUUGCAAUCCCUAAAUCUCAGCAGACAGGAAACUUCCCCAUUUCUGUUUGCUGAGGCUUUUGUAUAAGCAGGUGGGUGGGGUGGGCCUGGCCCUGGCCCCAAAGUCAUAACAAACCUUUUGGGGGGGGGCAAAAAGUUGUGCAUCGCUGACCUAAGGCAAUGGUUCUCACAUGGUGAAGUGAACCUGCAUAGGGACAUGUGAGUUACAGGGCUAGGAAAUGACU